AUGAGCUCUCAAUACUAUUAUCUGGAUAUCGAAACCAGCACUGAGUUAAACGCGCUCACGGUUCGUAGGAGCAUUGAGGUAGCAGCCAAAAGCAUUUUUGGCGAGUGCGGUGCCGCCGAACUAAACGUGGACGUUCUUCGUAGUGAAGGUCGCCGCGCCCUGCUUCGUGUUCACGAGGAGAAGCUGAGAAAACUUUGGGCUGCCCUCACCUUGGCGGCCUCCGAGCUGCGUGUCCUCAAACACUCACCAUCACUACAAGCCUUGAUCUAA